AUGCCACCCUCGGCAUUAUCACACGACGACUACACUGUUGCUUGGAUCUGCGCGCUGCCGUUGGAAAUGACGGCCGCAACGGCCAUGCUAGAUCAGGUCCACGAUCGCUUGCCUCAGCCUGAAAGCGAUAACAACGCCUAUACUCUGGAUUGCGUAUACGGCCACCAUGUAGUAAUCGCAUGCUUACCAUCGGGGGUUUAUGGAACAACCUCCGCCGCCACGGCUGUUGCUGAAAUGAGGUCGACAUUUGCUUCGUUACGGUUCGGCUUGAUGGUCGGCAUUGAGGGUGGAGUACCUGGCAAGACUGAUAUUCGACUUGGUGAUGUCGUUAUCAGCAAGCCAACUAACUAUUCAUGGGAGUAG